ACGACCAACCCACCCAUCCACCACCCGACGUCCUCGUCCUCGUCGUCGUCCUCCUCCUCCCCCGUUGGAGAACCACAACCACGAUCAAGACUUCUACUGUGGCCCUCUGCGAGACAUCCCAGACGAUGUUGAGCUACCAGCCAUGAUCAAUCAUCCGCUCUUGCUACCAUACUUUAAUGUCGAAAAUAUAUGAAGCAAUCCGCGCUCGCGGCCCACAUCCCUGUCGCUCCUUUCUCGCGCGCGUUCCUCUUCGAGCACCUUUAGCAGCUUCUACAUCACCGGUCCGGACCCUGCGAGCUCCUGGGCGGUGACCUGACUUCGGCCCCUCACACUUCCACCCCCCACAAGCCGGAAGCCGCUGCUGCCUCGAGACAGCUCCCCAGUACCAAUGUCGUGGGAUCUUUUGCAGCGGUUCAUUGACUCGGACGUCUUCAAUCAGAACCCUUUUCUUCCCGUAUUCUACCUGACUCGCUACGCCGAGCAUGUUGGAAUACACCAUAUACUAUGCUCGAAACUUCGCCAAUUCCCUUACGAGGACAUCGAGUUCUUCUUACCGCAAUUAUGCCACCUAAUUGUCAGCAUCAACAAUGAGUCUAUGGCAUUGGAAGAGUUCAUAUUAGACCUGUGCGAGGAGUCCGUCACUGGUGCGCUCCUGACCUACUGGCUCUUUCAGAGUUACGUCCACGAUCUCUCUUCGAAUCCCCAGUCCGAGGCCUUCAGGACAUGCAGGAGGGUGUACAACAAGGUCCAGAAUGUCGUUUUUGGCUUAGGAGAGGCCGUUAGGCAUGACAAGAUCAAGGAGAAUGCGAUACCAGUCACCAUACUGGCCAGCUUCGUGCUGGCCAGCGUGGCCGUCCCAGGUCUGGCCAGUGCCGCGGGCCCAAUGGCCGUUGCGCAAGCUCGAAGACCGCAGCCCAUCGAUGAUACGAUCGUGACAGAGACCACGAACCAGCCCAAGAUUGUGAGGGCGCAUACAGUUUCGGCCAGCUCUGCGAACAGGCCUCGGCGCACCGUCAGGGAGACGGGACGAGUGACCAGUGCCCCAGACCCCAGGGGAUCACCAGAUUCCACGCGGGGGCAUCCAGAAUCACAAAGGAGAUCGAACCUUCCUCCUUCGCGACCGACGUCUUCUUCAGGUUCUACCGUGACCUCACCUGUGAAAGAGACAGGAAGGCGGCUGCCAAAACAUCUCGAUCUGGGCGCGGUCGAUGCGAGACUCAGCACUUCCUCGCUUCCCUUGCCCGACGUGAAGUCGCCGCUCCCUCCUCGUCCUCCUACUCCGCAAUCCGCAGGCCUCCCUGCGGCCAUACGGCCCUCUGAUGCGUCGACUUUGGCUAGAAGGCAUUCGCACCAUGCCAAAUCGGCUGUGAACCAGACGGAUAUGACGACAGUUCAGAGGGCGAGGGUCCUAAGGUCGAACUAUUUCCGUUGCCAGACACAGUUUCUCACUGCUCUAGAGGACAUCUCCAACAGGCUGGUGAUCGUCCCGAAAGCUGCCCGUCUGAGUGCUUUGCGUGGCGAACUGGGCAUGCUUGCGCAGGACCUAACUGACGCCAUGGUUCUGGUCGACAUACCGUUCAUCUGUCCGCCUACCUUGACAGACGGCUCGCCAGCCAGGAGCAAACACCACCGGAUCGUUCGUCUGAAUCCAGCCGAGGCGACUGUCCUUAACAGCGCAGAAAAGGUACCCUACCUGCUGAUGGUUGAGAUUCUACGAGAUGACUUCACCUUCGAUCCAGACUCUCCAGACAACAGGAAGCUGCUACCACAGUUGUUGGAGCAGGGCUCAAGGAAGCGCAUGUUUGACCUCUCUGAAUCUGCAAGGGCGCCGGCUGCCUCAAGGACCCCAGAGACGGUUGUAGACCCUCCCAUGGAUAGCGUCUUCGAGCCGAGCUCAGGAGACCUCGCCAACUCACCGCAGCUCAGGCCGGUCGACAGCAACUUAUCCGACAAGACGGUUAUAGAGAAGAAGCCCGUCCCACAGCGCCAACCGAGCUUAACGACAACGGUCUCUACGACGUCCGAGCUAGUGACGCCCAGGAGUUCAGCAACCUCGACAUCGCGCUCUAGUAGUCCCAGCGGUCGAUCGCUAAGGAAAAUGACCAUCUCCUCCGCCCCAAGUAAGGCCUCAGUGGAUCAGCCGGAUUUCUCUGCCCUCGCGAUCCACAUGCGGACCGCCUCACAAAUGCUAGCACAGCUAGAAGCUACGUCUGGCAAGAGACCAAAAGGAGAAGUGGCGGCGAUUCAAGCCAAAAUCAUUGCCAGUAUGCAAAAGCUGGAAGAGCAAAACUUCGAUGUGGAUGACGGACAGGGACCGACUUUCGACCAGAUCAUGGCGAAGACGCAAGCCCAGAGUAUAGCCACGGCCACCGAUCUGGACGAGGAGACGAACCUUGACCCGGCAAUUAACGCCAGCGCGGGCGUGGAGCGUAUGGAAAACGAUUUCAAGACGGGAGGUUUGCAGAGGAAGAGCGAUCGAGAUGACCCCAGCGCAGCAGUCUUUGGUGAGGCGUGGGAAGCCAAAAAGGAGCGGAUCCGGCGCUCCUCACCAUACGGGUGGAUGAAGAACUGGGACCUUGUGAGCGUCAUCGUCAAGACCGGAUCGGACCUCCGGCAAGAAGCCUUCGCGUGCCAGCUUAUCGAUGUCUGCAACCGAAUCUGGGUUGAUGCAGAGAUUGGCGUGUGGGUCAAGGUGAUGAGGAUUCUCGUCACGGGAGAAUCCUCGGGUCUUAUCGAGACCAUUACCAACGGUGUCUCCCUGCACUCCAUCAAGCGCAGCCUGACCUUGGCGUCUGUCGAGGCUGGCCAGAACCCCAGGAGACGUAUCGCGACGCUGAAGGACCACUUUGUGAAGGCUUUUGGCGACACUGAUAGCGAUGCAUACAAGGCAGGGGUCGAUGCUUUCAAGCGAUCUCUUGCUGCGUAUAGUAUUAUAUCCUACGUUUUGCAGCUGAAGGAUAGGCACAACGGCAACAUCCUCAUCGACAACGAAGGCCACAUUAUCCAUAUCGACUUUGGUUUCAUGUUGUCCAAUUCUCCAGGCAGUGUCGCUUUUGAGGCGGCGCCUUUCAAGUUGACACACGAGUAUGUGGAGGUAUUGGGUGGUAUUGGGUCCCCCGAAUGGGAGGAUUUCAAGAAGCUUUGCAAGCAGGCUUUCUUAGCGUUACGAAAAUCGGCCGACAAUAUUGUCGAUCUGGUUACUAUGACAGGCAAAGACUCCACCAUGCCUUGUUACGCAGCUGGGGUGGCAUCCAUCCAGAUGAGUCUGCGCCAGAGAUUCCAGCCCCAGCUGAGCCCUGAGAAUGCCGAGUUGUUUGUUGAGACAGACCUGAUUGGCAAGUCCAUCGGUAGUUAUUAUACUCGAUUAUACGAUACCUUUCAAUUUAGAACACAGGGCAUCUACUAGUGAUGGGCUAUCGGUCAUACUUUGGAAUCUAGGAAACAAAAUCACGGCGGCGACGGACUGCAUGUCGUUCACUAUUACCAGCGAGCAUCAUCUGAACGGCGUUGGGCUCAUUAGACGUGUGAUGCGUGUCAGGUUACCCUGUCAGCUUUCUUUGAUGGAGGGGCGAAUGUGUUGUGAACUGAGCUUCACCAGCGGAUAGAAUACUGCGAAUAGGCAGACGAGCGAAUUACAUAUACCACCUUAUAAACG